CCAAUCAGCAAACAAGAUUUUGCGGCGCACGCGUAAUGACGUUACGUAAACCUCUUUGGUUACGUUACGUAAGCUCCAGAGAGCAGGAAGUGUUAUGUGGCUUUGACUUACAACAAAAAAUGUCAGCCAUUUUCAACUUCCAGUCACUGCUAACAGUGAUUCUCCUCCUGAUCUGUACCUGUGCCUACAUCAGAGCGAUGGCUCCAAGCCUGCUAGACAAGAACAAGACCGGGCUUCUAGGAAUUUUCUGGAAGUGUGCCAGAAUAGGUGAGCGGAAGAGUCCCUGGGUGGCUUGCUGCUGUGUCAUCAUGGCUUUUAGUAUACUGUUUCUACAGUAGCAGUCCAAAGAAAACCUCAAAUGGAAACAUUGGUGAAAUAAACAAACAACAAGGCAUGGACAAUACGAUCCUAGAAGCACAACAGGACCUCCAGUGGUUGUCACUUAGAUAAUGUAAAUACGUAGACCCGUCACUCACCGUAGCCACGGAGAGAGAAAGUGUGUCUGUUUAGGGGGAGGGGUGAGCUGAUAGCCCCAGAGUUUGUCAAGAUCCCUCCACAGACUUCCAGGUCUGUCCAUGUGUUUGCUUAUGUGGAAUGUUUACUCCAGAUGUAUGUGUGAGGGGGGCCAAUGCUUUCUGUUAAAUGCCAUUUAGUUUAAAGCAAAGAAUUUGCAUUCUGGCAUCAUUUGUGGGAUCAGAUGAUAAAAUUGUUUGUCCAAACAUUUCACAAACAUUUUCUUCCCUUUGACUUUGUCACAAUCGACUUGUAUGACAUUCUCCACAAAAAGGACCUUCAUAAAUGUUCAUAACUGAUGCGAUUCACAUGGAGGCUUAUAUUUGUAAUCUGGGAUAUAACGAAGUGUGACUUUGAAUCAUCUCGUCACCCUCUUUGUAACCUGUGCCUGUGUUUGUUGUAUCUAGAAAUGGUGAUCAUAUUCCACAACACAGAAAACAAAAUGACAAGUGUCUAAUUGUCCUGCAUAUUUGCCUCCGAGAGCUACUGAUGUUUUUAAAGCCAAUCAGUUUGCAGCUAUUUAUUAAAGAACCUUUUUGGAAA